AUGGGCAGCCCGACCGCGCCGUUCGCGCAGGGAACGUUCGUGACGCAGCCAAUCGUCAUGGAGGAAAAGAAAGGCGCGGCCGCGAGCAAUCAGUACGCGCAGCUGACCGUGUUCGAAGCAGAGGCUCGGCACGGCGAACCUGUCGUGAAAGCAGACUCGGGGGAGCCGCAGCGGCGAGGCAGGAGCAGGGAGACGACAUUAAGGCUGCUUGCCUUUUUGGAGGAUGACGAAUCCAUUAUAAGAACGCAAUGGAAAGGGUGGGGAGAGGCGCAGUUCAGCGAGCUGUUAUCCAAGGGAGAGCUCAAGCUUAAAUGCCACAUAUGGCCCGGUCACGACCCAUAUAUCCAAGCGUUCGAGCCUGCUUAUAUCGUGGAUGUGGUGCCAAUUCGGAACUGGCACUGGUGGCACUUGAUAUUGGAAUGCAAGAUCCCAUCAUACAUCCCAGUGAGUGAAGAACACUCGGCAAGGCUUGCAGGUGACGGGCUUGAUGUAGUUCAUGCUCCCUCCAACCUUUCCGGCACCUCCCCAACCGCCUCCCCUUCUCAACCCAUCAACUCGACCUCAUCCUCUGCGAUUGGUUACGAGCGGUUGGGAACUGUGGAGGGGAGGCAGUGGGCGGUGCAUAACUGGCAGCAGGUGCAGGUGCAGCUGGUGGCGGCAGAGGCCGGGGCAGACCUGCACAUGCCACCGCUGCUGCUGUGCCGCGCUGACAAUGACAAACACACCCUCGCCUCCUCCCCCCACUCACUCUCCCUCGCCUCCUCCAGCGAAUCUGUUGCUGCUGCUGAUGCUGCUGCCCUGCCUCUUUCUUUCUCCUCCCCACCGCCAUUUCCAUUCGCUCUAGUGGAAAGGGCACUGGUUGCUGCAGCCACAGCUGGGGGUGCUGGGACCGCUGGGGAGCCUGGAGGGGAGACUGCUGGGCGUGACGGGGUUGCUGCUGCCCCUGGUGCUGCUGGGGGUUCGAAAGAGGCUGGAGGGUCAGGUGGUGAGUCAGAACUGGCAAUGUUCAUGAAGGGGAGAGAUGGAGGGGAGGAUGGAGGAAAGCAAGGUACGAGGACUAGUGCUGAGGAGAUGGGAAGUUUAGAGGAUAUGCUGGUGAAAUAUGAAGAUGAAGCAGAUGAGGAUGAAGCAGAUGGGGAUGACGGGGUGAGCUGGGAGGAGUCUAGAGAAGGCGAUGUCAUGGCUAAUUACUCAAAUGCAGUGACCGCAGCAGCAGCACCAGCAGCAGCUGCUGCACCACCACCACCAACAGCAGCAGCAGCAGCAGCAGCAGCAGCAGCAGCAGCAGCAGCAUCAGCAGCAGCAACUGAAAAGGCAGGCAGAGUCACCGGCGCAUAUCAAAGGCCGCGGCGGCGUAAACCAAAGAGCAUGGGAGCAGUGAGCAUCUGCCUGCGCCCCUUCCACACGCACCAGAUGUUCUCCGACAACGUGGCCGUCUCCGAUGACCGCCUGCUCGAGUGGAUCGACGCGUCUCUCCUCAUGGGCGUCGACCGCAUCUACGUGUACGACCGCCACGCCACCGCCAAGCGCCACCUGCUGCUGCCAUACAUGGCCCGUGGACAGGUGGUGCACGUGCCGUUUCCCCCUUGGUCGGAGGUGUUCUAUCGCCCGUGGCAGUUUGCUUGGAAGGGCAAAAAUCCCUACGCGUUCCCAGAUAUAUACGACCAGCUGAUAUCCUACGAGCACUGCAUGAUGCUUGGGCGGAGGUUCGGCGACAGGUGGCAGCUGCAGAUAGACAGCGACGAGUUCGUCUGGUACGAGCCCAAGGCUGGGGCCUUCCUCAAGCCGCUUCUCGCAAGGAUAGAGAUCAACCACGCGCAAAGCAGCACGGAACCACUACGGGCCAUUCAGUUGCGGCGGUUCAACUUCUGGGGAGUGACCAAGGAGACCCGGCAGCAGCGCGUGUCGGACCGCCUGAUGUGGCGCUGCAGCUCACCCAUGUUUGAGUCGAGACUCCGCCAAUACCACGACAAGGUGGCCGUCAAUCCCCACACCAUCCUCCCCUACACGGUGGGCAUUCAUGACACCACGGCCCCAAAGAACGCCACAGCAGUGGCGCCACCGGAGGUGCUGCGGCUUAACCACUACACGGCAGUGGAGGUUGACUUCCACGCGCCCACCUGCAACUCCUCCAUGCACGUCCUCGAUGACCAAAGCCUCUUCUGGUCGCGCAACCGCACACUGGACUGCCGGGCACUGCCUUGUGGUGCCAGGGAUAACCCACCCACCCCUGUGGAGUGCUGGCCCUUCUGCAAGCUGCCUUGGGACGGGCAGGGGUAG